UUGAGCGCAAUUCAUUCUCUCUCUCUCUCUCUCUCUCUCUCUCUCUCUCUCUCUCUCUCUCUCGUUCGUAUUAGAAUAUCAACUCAACACCAUCAUCAACAGAAUCAACACCACCUUGAGUUCUUUGAUUAAAAGAAAAAUUCAGAUGGACACGUUCUACAUAUCGCAUGGAUCGCCGACGCUGUCAUUUGACGAUUCGAUACCGGCGAGGCAUUUCUUGAAAUCAUGGAAGGAGAAAGGGCUAUGCCAGAGGCCCAGAGCCAUUCUCGUCGUUUCCGGACACUGGGACACGCCCGUGCCCGCCGUCAACGUUAUUAGCGGCCGCAACGACACCAUCCAUGAUUUCUAUGGCUUCCCCAAACACAUGUACCAGAUGAAGUACCCUGCACCGGGAGCUCCUGAAUUGGCAAAGAGGGUGAAGGAACUGCUAAUGGCAUCAGGCUGCAAGCGUGUUGACGAAGAUACAAAACGAGGGCUUGACCAUGGUGCAUGGGUCCCCCUGAUGCUGAUGUAUCCAGAGGCAGAUAUCCCAGUUUGUCAACUCUCUCUUCAGUCAGAUAAGGAUGGUACUUAUCACUACAACAUAGGCAAGGCACUGGCCUCUCUUAAGGAUGAAGGUGUUCUAACCAUAGGUUCUGGUAGUACUACUCAUAACUUAAGGAACAUUUUGCCCCCAAACAGUCCUGUUCCUUCUUGGGCUUCGGAUUUUGAUGCCUGGCUUAAAGAUGCACUUCUUCAAGGAAGAUUUGAAGAUGUGAACCAUUGGGAUGUGAAGGCACCCUGUGCUAAAAUGGCUCACCCUUGGCCAGAUCACUUUUACCCAUUGCAUUUUGCCAUGGGUGCUGCUGGUGAAAACACAAAGGCAAAACUCAUGCACCAUAGCUGGGACAUGGGUACUCUUUCUUAUGCCUCUUACCAGUUCACGGCAGCUACCAGCUGAAUCUCCAUCGAAAAAUUGUGCUACCAUACGGUGUCUAUGUUGUCUCGUUAUAUUUAGAUACAUAUGUUGUUAUGUUAUCUUCAAAAUAAGAUUGGAUGCAAACUGGAAGUUGUUGUGGCCAUGAAAAUUGUGUACUUUUCAUUUGAUUAAGGGUCUUAAUCUUUAUUGUCUUUUUAUUGAAA